ACACAUGCUCGUUUGUAGUAGGAAUAUUGUUCUCAAACUUUCACUAAAUUGGUCUGUAGUCGCUUGUUUUCUUUACUUUAACAAACUUUAAUAUGGUGACUUCGCUGAUAUGUAGUGGUACUGAGAGCAGGGUGAGCUCUGUGUUAAAUAGGGACACCAAGCAAUUUGGGAAGAAGUUUCUGUUUGACAACAACGAAGAGACUUGCUGGAGCUCUGACCAGGGUUCCACUCAGUGGGUGUUGCUUGAAUUUCCACAGACUGUUAAUGUUUCAGAACUGCUGAUUCAGUUUCAAGGCGGUUUUGCAGGAAGACUUUGCAGACUGGAAGUUACAGAUAGAUUUACUGAGAGCAUGUACGUCCUGGCAAAUGAGCCUUCUGUUGCUUUGUAUCGACUACAGGAACAUGUUAGACGAUCCCUGCCUGAACUUGUACAGCACAAGUCAGACAUGCAGAGAUCCGAAGAACAGAGUCAGGGAGCCAUCUACACGGUGGAGUAUGCCUGCAGUGCUGUGCGGAGCAUGACGAACAGCCAUGUGUAUUUUCGCAACAUUGAGAGCCUCCUUAGGCAAGCCAUCAAUAUUAAGGAAGAGCUGAAUGCUGUGCAGGGACGUAGGUCUUGAUCACAUCUACAGUCUUGCCUGUCACUGAAGUUCUGCAUUUAUAUGAGUGAGGAUUGUACAGAUCUACUUAGCAGACACUGUACUGCCAUAACCAGAGAGAUCAGUAGCAGUGGAUGGUCAAGCUGCAGGUGAAAUGUGAGACAAUGUUGAUUGGUGACUGAGAGAGGAUAACUACACUACACAUUGAACUGCACUAAGGUCACUUUUCAGAAAAUACUCUGCACUGCAACUUUUCUGUGUGGUGCAUUCAGUAAAUCAUCUGUUUGCCUGAACUUUCAUUUUCACUGCCUUUUGUCGUGGAAAGGACGUCAGCAUCAUGGCACUGAUCACCAGCUCUAAAUAUUUUGAGACAGCCCUCUGCUUAUAGAACAGCACAGCUGCUACGGUCAUCCAUGAAAUGUUGUCUGAAUAGACUGAAAAUGUGAAUAUAUCUGUCAGUUAUUUUGAAAAUUGAUUAAUCUGGAUUUUCAGGCAUAUCAUGAUUGUAUAGUAAAAGCCAAGUGCAGGGAGCCAAGUGCAGGGAAGUUACGUAUCCAGAGUGUUUUAUUAAAAAGAGAACACAAGUUUUUAUAAGUCUUAUUUUUUGUAAAUAUUUCCACAUUUUGCCAUAGCUUGGAUGAAAUCUAUUUCUGUUGUACAUGUUUUUUGUGGUACUUUAUUGUUAAUUAUCUGCACAAGUGUCUGUUACCCAUGUGUAGAAAGUUGGGUAAAUAAAAUGUGUUUGUUUGUAGGA